AACCUCUGUAUUUGUCCAGGAUUAAGAAAAUGAAUUCAUUUUUGGGGUUCAUAUCAUUUGAGGAUGUUGCUCUGGACUUUACCUGGGAGGAAUGGCAGGACCUGGAAGAUGCUCAGAAGAUUCUAUACAAGGAUGUGAUGCUGGAGACCUACAGCAACCUGAUGUUUUUGGGACAAUCCAUUGCCAAACCUGCAGUGAUCUUCAAGUUGGAGCAAGGAGGAGAUCCAUGGACAUUAGAAGAACUUCCCAGCUUGAGCCUCCAAGGUUAGUCAGUGCAUAGUU